AUUUUAUACAGGUGGCGCUUAUACUGGGAGCACGUGCCUAAAUGACGCAAUAACCUGCUCAAACCUCUAACCGCCCUCCUCUGUCAUAAUCCAAAAUGGCAGCCACCAUCGGAAGACUACUCAGGACCUCUGCAAGGGUUGCAGCAGGAGGGCUGGAAGUGAGAGCAGCCUGUCAACAUGGAUCAUCUGGGGCUGCAAGAAUCCUCGCGGCUCCUCCACUUCAGAGAGCCUGCUUCUCUACCAGCACCUCCAGAUGGAGCCCUGCUGUCACUCAGCCUGCUCCAGCUUUUAAGGCCACAGCUGUCCACAAUGGGGAGUUCAAGGAGAUGAGCCUCGCUGAUUUCAAAGGCAAAUACCUGGUCCUCUUCUUCUACCCACUGGAUUUCACCUUUGUGUGUCCAACAGAGAUCAUCUCAUUCAGCGACAAGGCCAGUGAGUUCCAUGACAUAAACUGUGAGGUGGUGGGUGUGUCUGUGGACUCUCACUUCACUCACCUGGCAUGGAUCAACACGCCCCGCAAGACUGGAGGCCUGGGCAACAUCCACAUCCCCCUGCUGUCUGACCUCAACAAGCAGAUCUCUAGAGACUAUGGCGUGCUGCUGGAGGGUCCCGGCCUUGCACUGAGGGGCUUGUUUGUCAUUGAUCCCAACGGUGUGGUGAGACACAUGAGCGUGAACGACCUUCCCGUGGGCCGUUGUGUUGAAGAGACGCUUCGCCUGGUGAAGGCCUUCCAGUUUGUGGAGACUCACGGUGAGGUGUGUCCGGCCAGCUGGACCCCCGAGUCCCCAACGAUCAAACCUACACCAGAAGGAUCCAAGGAGUACUUUGAAAAAGUCAACUGAAGAAGGCAGUUCACAACUCGUACACCUAAAAAUAAAUGUACACUUAGUUUACAGUUUGUAAGUUGUAUUUACUCAUGCACAGCUAAAUACAGUAAUAAUAAAUAUAUUCUUCAUAAAUGG